GUCUCCAGGCCGGAAGCGCUCAGGCCCGCGCCCGCUCUCGCGUCCGCAGAGGACGAGGAGGAGGCCGACCCCGCGCGCGGCGGGCGGCAGACCCCCUGCCUGUUCUGCCACAGGUUAUUCACAUCUGCUGAAGAGACAUUUUCACACUGUAAGUCAGAGCAUCAAUUUAAUAUUGAUAGCAUGGUCCAUAAACAUGGACUGGAAUUUUAUGGAUACAUUAAACUCAUAAAUUUUAUUAGACUUAAGAAUCCUACAGUUGAGUAUAUGAAUUCCAUAUACAACCCAGUGCCUUGGGAGAGAGAAGAGUAUUUGAAGCCAGUGUUAGAAGAUGACCUUUUACUUCAGUUUGAUGUAGAAGAUCUUUAUGAACCAAUGUCAGUCUCAUUCUCAUACCCCAAUGGGCUCAGUGAAAAUACUUCUGUUGUGGAAAAAUUGAAGCAUAUGGAAGCCAGGGCGCUGUCCGCUGAAGCUGCAUUAGCUAGAGCACGUGAGGAUCUGCAGAAAAUGAAACAAUUUGCUCAGGAUUUUGUGAUGAAUGCAGAUGUCAGAACCUGCUCAUCAUCUACCGCCAUCGCAGACCUCCAGGAGGAUGAGGAUGGUGUUUAUUUCAGCUCCUACGGGCAUUAUGGGAUACAUGAAGAAAUGCUAAAGGACAAAGUACGAACAGAAAGCUACAGAGAUUUCAUAUACCAAAAUCCACAUAUCUUCAAAGACAAGGUAGUUUUGGAUGUUGGUUGUGGAACUGGAAUUCUGUCUAUGUUUGCUGCUAAAGCUGGGGCAAGGAAAGUUCUUGGUGUUGAUCAAUCUGAAAUACUUUACCAGGCAAUGGAUAUCAUAAGACUAAAUAAACUUGAAGAUACAAUUGUACUAAUUAAAGGAAAGAUUGAAGAAGUUCCUCUUCCUGUAGAAAAAGUGGAUAUUAUUAUAUCUGAAUGGAUGGGAUAUUUUCUUCUUUUUGAGUCUAUGUUAGAUUCUGUCCUUUAUGCAAAGAACAAAUACUUGGCAAAAGGAGGAUCAGUCUACCCUGACAUUUGCACUAUCAGCCUUGUAGCAGUGAGUGAUGUGAAUAAACAUGCUGAUAGAAUUGCUUUCUGGGACGAUGUCUAUGGCUUCAACAUGUCCUGCAUGAAGAAAGCAGUUAUUCCAGAAGCAGUUGUGGAAGUUGUAGAUCCAGAGACUCUUAUUUCAGACCCCUGUAGUAUUAAGCAUAUAGAUUCCCAUACAACAUCUAUCUCAGAUUUGGAGUUUUCUUCAGAUUUUUCCCUGAAAAUCACAAAGACAACCUUCUGCACGGCAAUUGCUGGCUACUUUGAUAUCUAUUUUGAGAAGAAUUGCCGCAAAAGGGUCAUGUUCUCUACGGGACCCCAGAGUACCAAAACACACUGGAAACAAACAGUAUUUCUACUAGAAAAGCCAUUUUCAGUUAAAGCAGGUGAAUCCUUAAAAGGGAAAAUCACAGUUCACAAGAAUAAGAAAGAUCCUCGUUCUCUCAUUGUGACGCUGACCUUGAAUAAUUCAACUCAGACUUACGGUCUCCAGUGAGAAAGCCGUGAUAGCACAGCUCCUUGCAGUUGUUAGGAGGAGGGGAGGGCAGGGGAGGGGAGGGGGUUUUCCCAGAGUCCAUUAAUGGUGACCCUGUCCUAAGUCCCCUCGGUGAGAGAAGCACAGGAAGGGUCUGCUGGCCGUGCUGGGGACAGGGUGACUGACCCUGCAGGUCCACAGUAAUGUUUUGCGAUGGCUGUGCAGCCAGGUUUAACCCACUGCAAGUCUGUUGAGUGUAGCUGCCCUGAUAAUCAUGCACCUCAGCCUACACUCAGUGACUGUCUUCUUGUUUUUAGUAAGUUUCUUAUUACAGAUUUUAAACAAUAAUAAUUGAUUACUUUUUAAACAAUAUUUUUGUUAACCUAGUAACCGGAAGUACAUUUUACCGAACAUUUCCUCCCUGGAGGAGUAAUUUUUCGUUGUAUUUGCUGCAGUAUCAAGGUGUUACGGGUUAGCACACAGGUAAGGGGCUGAAAGCAAGCAUUAGCCUUCUGUCCAGCACACUGUAGUUCCCGUCUUGUAGACCCUUCCCUCUCUGAAUAUUUCUUAGCCCUAGACUUCUAGAACUGUCCAGGAGCCUAAUUUCAAUGUGUUUACUCUAUGUUUCAUAUAAGUUUUUAAAGAAUAGGAUAAAUGUGUACUUAUUUACUAGUACAUUACUUUUUUCAAUGAGAUUUGUGUGCAGAGGUUAAACAUAUAAUACACUUGUAUCACUCUACAAGUUGUGUCAUUUGCAUUCAUUGAUUGUUUGAAACACAGAAGGAAAAGCGUUCAAUAAAAUGUAUAUAACU